AUAAUCCAAAACUUUAUUAAAUUGCCCUACACUACACAACACAAAAUUGUACAUACACAUUCUUCUGACUCAUACAUCUUGAGCUUGUGGGUCCAUACCCAUGAUCUUCCAUUUUAGUUUCACACUUUCCCAACAUAUAUAUUCUCAAUAAUAUACCUUCCAAUCUUUCAUCCAUUUUAAAUUACUUCACACACAUUUUUUUAAUUUAAUUUCAAACUUCUUUUCCAUUUUCACAAUUCACCUUCUUCAAUAUUCAUAGUACCAACAAAAACCAAAACCUUAAUCAACAAACAUGAAUAGAAAUGGUUAUAGAGAUGAAAAAUCAUGUUGCUAUUUUCAUCCAAAACAAGUAGUUGUUGGUGUAUGUCCUUUGUGUUUGAAUGAAAGGCUUCUUUUAUUGGCUGCAAAACAAGGGCGGCGCCACCAUCAAAACCACCGUUCUUGUUCUUCUUCCUCCAAAAAAGGUUCUACUUCACAAAAGAUUCAAAAUUCAGUACAAACAAAACCACCCAAUUCUUCUUCUAUUCAUAAGAUCUUUGCUUUUGGUUCUCUCUUCACUCGUCUUGAAUCUCGUCACUGCAAAUCUAAUGGCAACUAUGAUUAUGAUGAUGUCUCUCCAAGUCCAGAAGAAGACUCAUUCAUAUCAAUCAAGUUUGAAGAAAAUGGGGUAGCCUCGUGGGAAAAGAGCACGGUCUCAAAGGUAUCCCUAGAGAAUUGCAAUAACAAUACCUCCAACUCCAACAACAAAGUAUCAUGGAACCAUCAAAGCUUGAAGGACAAAUUAGAGACCAAGAGUGUGAUUGAGCAUAGUAAGUCACGUGACAUAUUUAGGUGGAAGAAGAGGAUUGGUCACAUGUUCCAGCUCAUUAGGUGGAAAAAAACAGGUGGUAGUGUUUGCCACGUAGGCAACAAGGUUGAUGGUGGUACAGUUAAAGUCAGAAAAGGUUGGAUGAGGACUCUGACAAAGAGGAAGAAGAAGACCAUGGAAUAAAGUUUUAGUAGACUUAAAAGAAAGUGACACCAAUUAAUUUGGUCUUUGAAUUCAAGAAAAUUAAAGGUUCAAAAUCAUUACUAUUACUUACUAUUUGUUUGUCUUUAGUCUUCGCGCGUGUAUGUUUGAAAUCACGUUGGAUUUGAAAAAAUUACGGUGUUACUAUAAUUUAGUUGAAGUUUUAAAAUGUACGUAGGUUUUUGCAAAAUUACGAUGAUUAUAAUGAUUUAUCGUGAUUCUGCAAAACAUACUCGAAAUUUAAACAUGCAAAAUUCAUCACUUUGCAAUGGAGUGUGACUAAAGUUAUAUUCAUAUUGACAUAUGGUACAGUCAAAGAUAGCUUUGUUACUUUUUAUCAACAAAAAGAAAUAAAAAAUAGCUUUGUUAUCA